UCCCAAGGUAAAUGUCGUAGUGGAGCGACAUACUUUCUGUAAGCGUUCACAGCUACCACAUGAGACUGUAGUUCAGUAUUUAGCUGCCCUUCGUGAGCUAGCUGUGAAGUGUGAAUUGAUCGCGAGCAAGUGGAGAAUGAAUGGAGGUGAAUGGAGUUUCUCCUAAAAUCCACUUUUCUCUGGAUAUAAUUUUUUGUGUAGAAAUUGGAAUAUUUUAUGUGAAAGGGGGGUCAAAGAAUAUAUACACAGCGGGGUAUUCAAUUUUUUAAGUCCCUUAAUUAAAAGCCUUUCAAACAUGUCAAUGACGUCAUUCAUUAGCAGGAUACUAGUGUGUUAUGGACAACAACGACCAAGCCUGUGAGAAACCAAAGGGCCAUAAGUAAUUGUUCAUUCAACUUUCGACCUAUAACCCAUAUUGAGCUUGCAGAAACUAUAAUCCAAUCAUUGAUUUUUUAAUGACAAUCAGGUGAAACAGACCAAUUUAGCCGUCUAGCCCCAUAGACCCCCAUUGUUUGAUCACUUGCUUGUGAUCACCCCUAGUGGAACUGCAGGUACAGUGCAGGUACAAUGGAGUUAUUAGCGAGUGGACCGGCUCUCCAUAAAUGGGCUCUGCCUGUGCCAUGUGCUCCUGUGUUUACUCCCUGUGUCCUGUGCCAUGUGCUCCUGUUUACUUAAUUUGACCAUUCUGCCGCCAUAAUAUCGUACAGUAUGUCAUUUGAUCUCUGGAUGGGUUCAUAUCAAUCUUGCAGAUGGCUCUGAAUGUGUAUGGUUUUUGAUCAGCUAAUACAGCUUCAUUUUCAGGGAUAUCAACCUGUUGUGUACCCUUUUACCUAUUUGACUGGCUGUCGUCACUGUGUAAUAGUUAACCAAAACAAAUACAAAGUCCAACUCAUUGAAAGGUGAGCAUACAGUAUUUCUAAGUCAUUUGAGACUCCUCCGUGGCUGCAGUGCAGACAUCCAUGAUGCGGGCUGUCAUCGUGCUGCUGAUCUCUCUCCUGUGCCUGGGCUCUGCUCAGGGUGGGAAGCUGCUAGUGAUCCCAUUAGACGGCAGCCCCUGGAGAGGGAUGAAGCUCCUGGUGGAGGAAUUGGGGAGGAGGGGUCACCAGGUGGUGGUGGUGAUCCCAGAGGUCAGUCACAGCUUGGGCCCCUCUAAGAACACCACCACCCUGACCUUUUCCGUACCAUACACCCAGGAAAGCUUUGACACAGACUUAGAUGAAGACAUGUUCCAAUUUAUGACCACAGAUGUCUCCACUGAUGUAGCAAAGUUUAGGAACUACUGGAGCACCCUGGACACGCUGAGUGGUUUUACCAUAAUGACCUGUGAAAGCAUGCUGUACAACAAGGAGCUGAUGCAGACCUUACGGGACUACGAGUUUGAUGCUCUGCUCACCGACCCUUUCUGGCCUGUUGGAGUCAUCAUUGGGAAUUACCUGGACAUUCCGUCCGUCUACAUGAGUGGUCCUUAUCCUUGCCCCCUUGACAUUAUAUCCACCAGAUGUCCUCACCCGGCUUCAUAUCUGCCACAACGCUUCACACACUACAGCAAUCGCAUGACCUUGUGGGAGAGGACCGUCAACCUGCUGAGGUCCGUACUGGAGCCUGCGGCCUGCAGUCGUCUUUACGCUCAUGCAGACAAGAUGGCGUCUGAUUUCCUGCAGAAAGACACAUCCAUUGUGGAGCUGGCGAGUAACGCAGCACUGUGGCUUGUUCGGUUUGACUUUACCUAUGAGUUCCCCAUGCCUCUGAUGCCCAACAUGGUCAUGAUUGGUGGGAUGAAAGCAGGAAAGCCAAAACCCCUACCACAGGUGAGUCACCCGAAGGCGAAGGCUUUCAUCACACAUGGAGGGACCCAUGGUAUCUAUGAGGGUAUAUAUAGUGGUGUUCCCAUGGUGACGAUCCCACUAUUUAUUGACCAGGGUGACAAUGCCCAGCGCAUGGUUGCGCGUGGUGUUGCCGAGUCUUUGCCCAUUGCUGACGUGACCACAGCCAAAGUGUUGGAAGCACUCAACAAAGUCAUUGGUGACAAGAGCUACAAGGCAAAUAUGAUGAAGCUGUCGGCUGUGCACAAGGACCGUCCGAUUGAACCUCUUGACCUGGCCGUCUUCUGGACCGAGUUUGUAAUGAGACACAAAGGAGCGGACCACUUGCGGUCCACUGCCCACGAGCUGAGCUGGGUCCAGUACCACAGCCUUGAUGUGAUCGCGUUGCUAACAACCGCCAUACUCACUCUUGUUCUUGUCACCAUUAAAUGUUGUACGUUCUGUUUUAGGAAGUGCACAGGAAAGUCAAACAAAACAAAAAUAAGAGAGAAUAGUUGACAAGUAGUUUUGUUUGUGAGUGAGUGAAUAGCUCUUUGGCACAAUAUAGACUAAUAGUAGCACAGUAUACACUUACUUAUAAGUACAAUAACAAACAAACUGAAUAUACAUAUAUUGCAACAAAGUAUGAACAUAACUCCACCUAUAGUAUCUCUUUUUGGAAAAAUAUAUAUUUGAAAGCGAAACUGUAGGCUUGGGAAAUUCCAAUACUGUUGUUGUUAUAGGGCUUGUCCUUUAGUCGAAGUUGCCAUGUGUGUUGGCAAUGGGUGAAGAGUACUAUAUGUGAGCUGU